UUUUGUUCACUUUUUUCUUUUUUGAGAUCCCGAAAUGAUGAAGAUCAAAUCGAAUCAAACGCGGACAUAUGACGGGGAUGGCUACAAGAAGCGUGCCGCCUGUCUGUGCUUCAGAAACGAGAGUGAGGAGGAGGUGUUGUUGGUGAGUAGUAUCCGGCAUCCAGGCAAGUGGAUCGUCCCUGGUGGCGGGAUGGAGCCGGAGGAAGAGCCCAACGUUGCUGCUGUUCGAGAGGUGUGUGAAGAGGCUGGUGUCAAGGGGACAUUGGGGCGUCUACUAGGAAUUUUCGAGAACACAGACAGGAAGCACAGAACAUAUGUCUAUGUCCUCAUCGUUACAGAGAUGUUGGAAGACUGGGAGGACUCUGUGAAUAUUGGGAGAAAAAGGGAAUGGUUUAAUAUUGAGGAUGCCAGAAGAGUGUUGCAGUGCCACAAGCCUGUGCAGGCCUCGUACUUUGAGGCCCUACAACAGGGCAGCCUGAGCAGCAACGGGACACCCCUGGUGACCACGAUAGGGGGAGAAGAGCACUCCCCUACCUACAAUAUCAACCAGAGCUCCAGAUCGAGUAUAAGAUAACUAAAACACAGAAACUCCUGGAGACUUCUCCACAUCUUUUACCUGCUUCUUUUUCUUACUUAAUCCUGCUCCUACUACUUUUUUUUCUUUUUUAUAUCUUCAAAAUAUCAACAGAAAUGUUUGCCUUGCCGGCCUUCUUGUGCCAGAGUGGAGGUACAGACUUGACAAGUGUUGGGCGAAGAAGAUAUAACACUUUGUAAUUCGAAUGUUUUUUGUUGUUGUUGCUUUUUACUAGUGAUUGCAUGAGAUAUUCCCAAACUCUUGUCCUCCUUUACCUCGGUUCCUCUCUCAUAAAUCUGAGGUUUGAUGAAUGAAACUUUCUGCUUUGGCGACGUA